AUGACGUUAACGGUGACGGUAAUGGUAACGAUGAUGGUAACUUUGAAGGUAAUGAUAACAGUAACAGUAAUAGUGACGGUAAUGGUCACAAUGAUGGUAACGGUGACGAUGAUGGUAACGGUAAUGGUGACAGUAAUGGUCACGAUGACGGUACACGAUGAUAGUAACGUUGAUGACAAUAAUAGUCACAAUGACAGUAAUGAUAGCGGUAUAAAUAAUGGUCACGAUGACAGUAACGGUAGCGAUAAUAAUAAUGGUCAUGAUGAUGGUAACAGUGAUAGUAAUAGUGACGGAAACGAUAAUGGUGACGGUAGUGGUGAUGAUGAGUGUAACGGUAACGAUGACGGUGACGGUAAUGGUGAUGGUAAUGGUCACGAAAGUGGUGUUGGUAACAAUGAUGGUAACAGUAAUAGUGACGAUUACGGUAAAGACGACGGUAAUGCUGUUGGUAACGGUGAUAGUAAUGGUAAUGGUAACAAGAAUGAUAACGGUGACAGUGAUGGUAGCAGUGACGGUAACGGUGACAGUAACUGUGAUAGUAAUGGUUACGACAACAGUAAUGAUAACGGUAACAAUGACGAUCACUGUAACGAUGCCGGUAACGACAACGAUAACAGUGAUGAUAACGGUAACUGUCAUGAUAACGAUCACUUUAAUGGUUAUGCUUAUGGUAACGACAAUGGUAAGGGUGACGGUGACAGUAACGGUAAUGGUAAUGGUAAGGGUGACGAUGAUAGUAAUAACAACGGUGAUGGUAACGGUGAUGGCAAUGGUGACGAUAACAGUGAUAGUAACAGUGACGGUAACGGUAACGAUGACGAUAAUGAUUGUAGUAACUAUUAUAGUGAUAGUAAGGGUAACGGUAAUGGUGAAGGUGAUAGUAACAUUACGGUCACGGUAACGCUCACAGUAAAGGUGAUGGUAAUGGUUACGAUCACGGAAACGGUAACAGUGUAUUACACUAACGGUAAUAGUCACAACAACGGUCACGGUAACAGUUUCGGUAAUUGUAAUGGUAACGUUGAGGGUGACGGUGAGAGUAAUGGUAAUAGUGACUAUAAUGGUGACGGUAACAGUUACGAUAAUGGUUACAAUAACGGUUACGGUGAUAGUAACAAUCAUGGUAACGAUUAUGGUGACAGUAACGGUAACGGUAAUGUUGAUGAAUACAGUGAUAGUAAUAGUAAUGGUAACGAUGAUGCUAACGGUGUCGGUGACGGUAACGGUAACGGUGACGUUAAGGAUAACAGUGACGGUAAUAAUGACGUUAAUGGUAACGGUCAAUGUCAUAGUGACGGUGACGGUAACGGUAACUAUGAUGGAGAUAAUAACGGUGAUAGUGACAGUAACGAAGACGGUAACGGUGACAGUCACGAUGGUGGUAACGAUCAUGGUCAUGGUGACGAUAACAUUGAUGAUCACGAUCACGGUACAGAUUACGUUAACGGUAAUAGUACUAGUAACGAUGACAUUAACAAUAACAGAAAGAGUAACGGUAACAAUAAUGGUGAUGGUAAUGGUCACGAUGACUUUAACGGUGAUGGUAACAGUAACGGUAACGGUAACAGUGACGGUAACUUUGACGAUAAUGGUAACGGUAAUGGUGACAGUGAUAGUGACGGUAACGGUAACGAGGACGGUAACGGGGACAGUGAUGGUGACGAUAAUGGUCACGAUGACAGUGAUGGUGACGGUAACAGUAAUGGUGAUGGUAAAGCUGAUGGUAACGGUUACAAUGACAAUAACGGUUAUGGUGACAUCAAUGGUAACGGUAACAGUAAAAGUAAUGUUAACGGUAACGUCAACGGUAAUAGUAACAAUAAUGGUAAUGGUGAUAGUAACGGUAACGAAAAUGGUGACUGUAAUGAUGACGGUCACGGUAAUGGUAACGAUGAUGGUUAUGGUAAUGGAUACAGUAACGAUCACGGUCAAGGUAACAGUGACGGUUACAGUUACUGUGACGGUAACAAUAACGGUAAUGGUGACGGUAACAAUAAUAGAAACAUUAACGAUAACGGUAACAAUGACGGUAAUAGUAAUGGUAACGGUAACAAUGACGAUAAUCGUAACGGUAACAGUAAAGAUAACGAUAAUGGUAACGGUGAUAGUGACAGUGGCGGUAACAGUAAUGGUAACGGUAACGGUGAUGGCAUCGAUAAUGGUAAUGGUGAUGGUAAGGGUAAGGGUAACGGUAACGGUGAUGGCAUCGAUAAUGGUAAUGGUGAUGGUAAGGGUAAGGGUAACGGUAACGGUAAUGGUAACAAUGAUGAUCAUAGUGACGGUAACGGUGAUCAUAACGGUCACAAUAACAGUGACCAUAACGGUCACAGUAACGGUGACCAUAACGGUCACAGUAACGGUGACCAUAACGGUCACAGUAACGGUGACCAUAACGGUCACGAUAACGGUGACGAUGAUGGUCACAAUAACGGUGACGGUGACUCCAAUGGUAAUGGUAACGAUAGUGGUGACAGUAACGGUGACACUGACAGUAACAGUGAUGGUGACGAUAACGGUAACGAUUACAAUAACAGUAACUAUAACGGCAACAAUAACGGUAAUGGUAAUAGUAAUGGUGAUGGUGAAAGUAACUGUUACAAUAACGGUGACGAUUACGGUUAG